AUGGUUAGUACGGUAGCAGCGUCUUGGGGUAUUUUUCUAGACUCUCGAUCGAGAGUCUUUCAGUUCUCCGCAUAUGCCUUUGAUGUUGCUACUUUUGACGCCCUGGCUGCGUUGAUGUAUGGAGGAUGCGUUUGUGUUCCCUCAGAAGCAAGCCGACGCGAUGAUAUUGCUGGAGCUUUUGCGGAACUUGGGGCCAAUGUUCUUUUCACAACGCCGUCUGUCCUGCAGACGCUUUCGCCCGCAGACAUGCCGGGACUAGAGAUUGCUCUGAUAGGGGGUGAGACCCCAGUCAAGGCGCUUCUAGACCAAUGGAUACCAUCUCUCAAGGCCUCACUCCCUUCAUAUAUGGUCCCUACCUUGGCUUUGCCAAUUUCUCGCAUGCCAUUAACUCCGACGGGGAAGACAGACCGUCGUCAGUUGCGAGCGAUUGUAGAGAAAUUUCCAAUGGCUGACUUUGAGUCGUAUAGCACCGGAUCAGGGGUAACAGGACGCGUUAAGCAGCAACCUGACUCGGAUAUGGGACGCUCCAUCCAGACAACAGUCGCUGAGAUCCUUAGUUUUCAGCCACAGCUUAUCGGUAUGGAGGACGAUUUCAUACAGCUCGGAGGCGACUCCAUCACAGCAAUGAAGUUGGCAGCUCUCCUUCGACAGAAUCAAAAUUCUUUAUCCGUGGUAGACAUCAUCCAACACCCAGUCCUUACUGCUAUGACGGAACGUGCGGUCUAUUUUACAAAUGGCUCCUCGGACAGUAGACCAGAAGCAACCCCGUCAUUUACUAUGUUUCCCGGUACAUCGGCUGAAAUAGCAUCAAAGCUGGCUGUUACGGAGGCUGAUAUUCUUGAUAUCCUUCCUGCAACCGAACAGCAGCUUAUCAUGCUUGCGUUUUCUCCACAGUAUGAGAUUAUCCGUAUUCCCUGCCCGGUCAUGCUAGUAGACUGGAAAGUGCAUGCAAAAGCCUGGUUCACCGACAUGAGAUUCUUCGUAACGUUCCUUCGGAGAGUGACCACCACAUUUAAGCACUAUGAAUGUCCUGGUGAUCUCAGGGAGUUUCAAUCUCGCCUGCUCAAGGAAGAUUCCGAUCAGUUCAUGCUAUGGAAUGUGCCUUCUGUCUGUUUCUUUCUCCUGUCUCAAAAUUCACAGCGAUACACGCUCAUUAUUCGAUUAAACUACGCUGUAUACAAUGCCCAAUCAUUACCAAUCGUUCUUAAGGAUAUUGAAAAUAUCUACGAUGAACAGCCGCUUUCCACGCCGAUUCCGUUCUCGCCGUGGGCUUAUAAGUUUUUGAUGUCGGCAACACCCAAAACCUAUGAAUUCUGGAAGACUCUACUUGAAGGAUCAUCAAUGACCUAUGUAGGUGACACAUUUGCCAAUAUGGAAGCAGGGAAAGAGACAUUCGUUGAAACUACACGCAGCCUUUCAGUCCUGGAACCUCCCAAAGGAAUCACUCUAGCCUCAUUGGUUAAGGCAGCCUGGUCCCUGACUCUGUCUAAACACUGUCAGAAGAGCGACGUGGUAUUUGGCCAAGUCGUCCAUGGUCGAGCCCAUGGCUUUCCGGGUGAGGAAGCAGUGGUUGGACCAUGCCUCAACUUGAUCCCAGUUCGUAUGGACUUGAGCUCUAUUAAACACGGGGAAGAUUUAUUAUACAGCAUUCAGAGACAGAAUGUAGCCUCGAUAGCAUACGAUCAAGUCCAAUUCAAAGAUAUCAUCAAAAAAUCCACCAAUUGGCCCAAGAAUACUGUUUUUGGCACACAACUUUUGCAUCAGGCUGACGGGCCCAUUUGCACACUGAAGAUUGGCAGUGUGCAUGCUAAUUUGGACGAAUACUAUGCGCCGCGGCUGGCCAAGGAGCUUCGUGACUUUGUUGUUACGUCCACUGUCUAUGAUCAAACGCAUACCUUACAGAUCUGCGCGACCAAUGCGUAUAUAGAUCAACAGUCUGCCGAUACCAUGAUGGACACCCUAGCUUUUUUACAUCCGGGAGCUUGCUCGGGAUCCUCGAGCGAUAUCUGGUGUAUAUAA